ACGCCAGCAGUCAAUAUGUUCAGUUAUUACUGCUGUAAAGUGGACACCGCAUUGUAAUUGAAAUCGUUUUUAUUUCAUUCUUUAGUUUCAUAGUGUCAAGUUCUAUUUUUGUGCGUUCAUCUUCAGUUUUUUUUUUUCAAGUGCUUGUGUUAUAAAUAUUUUGAAAGUAAAAAGUUAUUGGAAAAUUGCAAUAAUAAAAGUUUGUGCAAGUAAUUCGGAAUUUGCGGCCUUGCACUAGAACACUGAAAACCCGGUUAAUGAACACUUAUUUAAGUAAAUCACAGUGGCCAUAUCAGUUACUUCCGAAAACUCGACGUACGAACACGAAACCACGAACAUGGCUAGCGAAAUAACAGAGGAUGCCUUUGUGAAGUUAAGCAAGGAGGAGGUCGGAUAUCUAAAGACUUUUCAUUCUACUGCCAUAGUCACCACCGCUGCGGAAACGUGGAAAAAGAAAUCUGUCUCAAUUGUAUCUCCUAAAUCUGGAAGAAUAUUGAGACAGAAAAAAGAUGGAGAAAAGAAAACGGCAAAAACAGAACAAAAUAGCAAGGAGUCUUCCGGAUUCUUUACGAGAAUGUUCGAAGACUUUAGAAAAGUCAAAGUCUCUGAUUACACCUACCAACCGUCGAAUGUGCGACGGAAUAGUUCUUACAAACCUUUUUGGGCCACAAAAGUCUCGGAACCGAAAACAAAAUCCAUAGAAGAACCAGUAAUGAUCACCAAAAAGGUUGAAGCAGUAGAGCGAAGUAAUGCACUGACUAACAAAGAUAUGAUUUUCUCCAAAGAAGCGAUUGGGUCUCCUAAAGUUACAUUGACGAAUGUACACAGCAAGAAAGCGACGCCAGUGAAGAGGCUCUCGACUGUAGACCACCAUAAGGAGUACAGGCUGAGGAUGCCCGCCAGUUACAAUGGCAGCAAAAUGUUCAUGCCCACUGGUGAACAACUGUUCUGGCUCGGUGAGACCCGUCCAUCAAGCUUUGGGCCGGCUUCGUACCAGGACUUCAAGGAGAUCAGGGCUCGUUGCUACUCCGAGGGCAGACUGUUCGAGGACCCGGAGUUCCCAGCCAAUGACCGCAGUCUCUACUACAAGGAGAGACUGGAUAGACCAAUCACUUGGCUGCGACCUAAGGAGAUCUGCGAUGACCCGCAACUGUUCGUGGAGGGCUACAGUCGGUUCGACGUCCAACAGGGAGAACUCGGCGACUGCUGGCUUCUCGCCGCCGUCGCCAACCUCACGCUGCAUAGGAAAUUGUUCUUCCAAGUGGUGCCAGAUGACCAGAGCUUCGACGAGGAGUACGCUGGAGUCUUCCAUUUCCGGUUCUGGCAGUACGGUCGUUGGGUGGAUGUGGUGAUAGACGACCGGCUCCCCACUUACCGUGGAAAGCUCGUCUUCCUCCACUCCUCGGAGCAGAGCGAGUUCUGGAGUGCCCUGCUGGAGAAGGCAUAUGCUAAAUUGCACGGUUCCUACGAGGCUCUAAAGGGUGGUUCGACAUGCGAGGCUAUGGAGGACUUCACCGGAGGAGUGACGGAGAUGUACGAUGUAGCGGAGUUGCCUCCCAACUUCUACACCAUAUUGCUUAAAGCGUACGAGAGGAACUCGCUCAGCGGAUGCAGUAUUGAGCCUGACCCCAACAUCUUGGAAGCGGAGACCCCAGUCGGCCUCAUCCGGGGUCACGCGUACUCUAUAACCAAGGUGAAGUACGUAGACAUUGAGACCCCGGGCCGCAGCGGAAAGAUACCACUACUGCGGCUACGGAACCCAUGGGGAAAUGAAGCCGAGUGGAAUGGACCCUGGAGCGAUAAGUCACCAGAAUGGCGAUUCAUCCCGGAGUCUGAGAAGGAAGAGAUGGGACUCACAUUCGAUGAUGAUGGAGAGUUCUGGAUGUCUUUCAAGGACUUCGUUACCCACUUUUCAAGAGUGGAGAUUUGUAACCUGAACCCUGACUCCUUGGACCCCGAGGAAUGUCCCGAGGGUUGCACCAAGAAGUGGGAGAUGUCCGUCUUCGAGGGAGAGUGGGUUAGAGGCGUGACGGCGGGCGGCUGCAGGAACUACCUGGAGACGUUCUGGAAGAACCCUCAGUACACCGUCACACUGCAGGACGUCGACGAAGGGGACGAGGAGAACAAGUGCACUAUAAUCGUGGCUCUGAUGCAGAAGAACCGUCGUUCGCAGCGCCACCAGGGCCUGGAGUGCCUGACGAUAGGGUUCGCCGUGUACCGCCUGCCGGACUACGGCCGCGUGCCCAAACCGCUCGAUGUCAACUUCUUCAAGUACAACGCCUCUGUCGGUCGCAGUCAGGCGUUCAUCAAUCUGCGUGAAGUUAGCGCUAGGUUCAAGUUGGACCCAGGCAGCUACGUGAUAGUACCGUCCACCUUCGAUCCUGAUGAGGAAGGAGAAUUCCUGCUUCGUGUCUUCUCUGAGAAGUCUAACAACAUGGCGGAAAAUGAUGAGGACAUCGGUAUGGGAGAUGUUGACGAUCGGGUAAAGGAAAUAGCCCCGAACCCCGAGCCGGCAGAUCCAGUGCGCGAGCUGUUCAACAAGUUGGCCGGCGCUGACGGCGAGGUGGACUGGCAGGAACUCAAGGAGAUCCUCGACUACGCCAUGCGGGAAGAGCUAGCGAUGAAGCAAGGCGGAGCUUACGACGGCGGCGGAGGGGGGGUGCACUACUCCCCUCCGGGUGGAGGAGGGGGAGGGGGGAACGAGCCCAGCUGUCUGGAACAACUGCUCUGUGCCCUCUGUACUCCCAUCUGCAAGGAAAUUGGCGUCGACCUGCAGCAAAUGCAACAACAGAAUCAUAAUCAAGAACAGGUUCAUCUAACGCAACCCCAGCCGCAGACAGAGCUGCAGGGCCAAGGGUUCUCCAAGGACGUGUGCCGCAGCAUGGUCGCCAUGUUAGACAAGGACGGCUCCGGCGGACUCGGCUUCGACGAGUUCAAGACCUUGUGGAUUGAUCUACGUAAUUGGCGGGCGGUGUUCCGCCUGUACGACACGGAGGGGCGCGGCGCCAUCCCGCCGCAGCACCUGCGCGACGCGCUGCACUCCGCCGGGUACACCGUCAACGCGCACGUACUCAACGUACUCGCGCACAGAUACAGCUCACCAGACGGAUACAUUCAGUUCGAUGAUUUCAUUAUGUGCUCCGUGCGAUUGAAGACUAUGAUCGCGAACAACGAGCCGCUUGAGAAUCUCGAGCGCGAGCUGCAGUGGAACAAGUGAGCGUCGGGGCGGACAUCUGCACAACAUACGUUCAAGGGGAGGUCUUCAGGCGGUGAAUACGCCACAUUCUCCCUCGAAGAAUGGCUAAAUCGCACAGUCUACGCAUAAAACGUCGAAAAAAUGCCUUAUUGUCAUUAGAAAUAAGGUCUACAAUCGCAAAAAGUACAUUGAAAUAUUUAAAAAGUAACUCCUCCGUAAAAAAAUUGUAUCAAGUACCUUUUGCCAGUGUAUCUACGUGAGAUUUUGUAUGUCUAAGUCACAAAUCUGUAAUAUUAAAAUUAAGGUCUAAUUAUGGCGACUUAAUUCUCUUAUACGGGUAUAAAAAAUAAAUAUUUUUAUAUUCGCCUAUAAUAAUCGAAAUAAUUUAUAAUAGAUAAUAAUAAACAGUAUUUUUGUUAUCCACCGAUCGUCCAUUCCAAUGUGCUAGAGCGUUUUGUCCAUGGUUCAUCUAUGGCAAGGCGUACCGUGUUUAGUUCUGUGCGAUUAGCUAGGAAAGCUUUUUACGUGAAAUUAAUAUUAAUAUAUAUAUGUUGUAAUGUAAACAUACUACAUGUUGCACUCAGUUGCAUUCACAAUGCAUUUUUAUAUUCGCAAAACAUUUAUUUAUUUAUUUUGACAUAUUUUUUGUUAUAAGGAUCUGAAAUAAAAACAUUUAUUCGUAAA